CUACAAUAAAACAAAAAAAAAUUUCAUUUAUUGUGUUGUAUUUAGAAAAAAAAAUUAUUUUAUAUCAAAAAAAUCUUUGAAAAAUAUUUAAAAAAAAAAAUUUAAUAAUUGACAAAAUUUUUUUUAAUUAAACAGUUUUAUGAAAGAAAGAACAACUUUUUGAAAUCAACAACAAAAAAAAACCAAAAAGAGAUACAAAGAAAAUAAAAAAAAAAUUGUUUUUAUUUUCACCUUGUUACCUUGGAUAAGUGGAAAAAUAUAAAAAAGAAAAAAGAAAACAAAAACUAAUUAAAGUCAUAUUGGAAAAUAAUGUUAAAAGAGAGAGAAGGCGAAUUAGAUGAUAUGCUAUAUGAUUGAAAGUUAAGCUUUCAAAAUAAAAAAAAAAUACCACCAUAAAUUCUGCAAUACUACUAAAAAAUUAGAAGUUUCUAAAUAUAAAUUAGAAAUAAAAUAAAACAAAAUAUAUUAAAAUUAAAUAAAUUUAAAUGAUCAAUUAACUACACUUUUUGUUUUAUAUAUUAGUUUCAAAGUGCACUUAUCUUUUUUGUUAUACGAAAUCAAAAUAUUUUUAUUUCUAUUACCUUUUUUCAAUACUUGAAUUUGAUUUCUAAAAAUAAUUGUUGUGAACUUAUGCGUUCUCUAAAUGUGAAAUUUUUAUUUAAAUUAAUAAAAAACUAUAAAAUUUGACACUAUAUGACAUUUUACAAACUUGUCAAUUUGUUUAUACACAAUUAUUUCUAAAUUUUUAUGUUUUCUAUAAUUGGUGUGUAGUUUUACUGUUCUCUAGAAAAUAAAAAGAAAUUAUAUUUACGUAUAUUAAUAAGAAUAUUAUAAGAAAAUAAGUAAAAAAAAAGUAAUAAGUCAAAAAAAAAAAGAAACAACAACAAUAUUUUAAAAUGGCGCCAUUUAAAUUAAAAUUUCGUAUGGGUAGUUCAAGAAGUACAUCACAAGAAGUCGAUUCUGAUCCACAAGUAAAUCAAUCAUUACUAGGCAACAACAAUAAUUGUAAUAACAAUAAUUUGGAUAUUGGAGCCAGUAAUUCAACAAUAGAUUCAUCUGAUUGUAACAGUUUAAUCUCAAUUGAAAACAAUGAUAAAAAAUCCUUACUGCCGAAUACAACAAUUGAAAAAUUAGGUUAUACAAAUCCAAUUGUUACACAUACGACUGAUGGUACGUCAGUUGAUGGGAAUAGUUCACCAUCAUCUUAUGAACGUGUUUUAGAAGAAAAGCAUUUAGGAAAUUUGGAUUUAGGGAGUCGUUUAACAAUAUCAACAGAAAUCGCAUCAUCAUUAUCAGAAAGUAAUAUUGUAAAUGGUGAUUUAGUUAAUAUUGAAACUGAAGUAAAUCAAGAAAUAUCAUCCAUAAUAAAAUCAUCAACCCAACAAUAUAACACAAAUUUAAAGGAAUUAAAUACAACAAAAAAUAUUUUAUUAUCUACAUCUACAAUAGAAAAUGAAACAGCAGCUAAUAAUACAAUAGCACAAUCACAAUUGAAAAAUUUAAAUUCAAAUUUUAUUCGAAAUUCUCAUAAUAAUAUACACGGAAUCGGAAACGAAAUUAACAAUAUUUCAAUAAAUUCAAAUAUAACAGAUGAUACAAAUCAAAUUUUAUGUGGUUUGAACAAUAUAGAUGGAAAUCGUAAAGAAUCAAUAGAUUCAACAGAAUAUUUAAUAUCAACAAUGACAGGAACACCACCAUCAUCACAAGAAAAUUUAUUAUUAAAUAGUAAUGACGAUGAAUGUACCGGCUCAUGUGAACCGUUAUUUCAUGCAUCAACAUCAUCAGGAGCAUCAAUAUCACCAUCUUUACUUACAUCAAAUAAUCGACAACAUAGUAAAGAUGAAAGAUAUCAUCAAGAGCAUGAACAAAAUCAUCUACAACAACAACAACAUGAUGAACAUGAACAAAAUGAUGAUAAUGUUAUUGAAGGAGUGAUUCUUGAUAAUGAUAUUGAUGAAAAUUCAUACGAUAAUAUGCACAGCCAUCAGUACUGUACUGGAGAAAAUGAUCAAGAAUGCCCCAGUUAUAUUGCUGAAAUGAAUGAACUGAAGAAUAGUAAUAGGAAUAAUGAAGAUAAUUAUAGUAAUAGUGGAAAUUAUGUACAAAAUAGCUACUACGAUGAUGAAGAUAAUGAUAAUAAUUGGGAUUCAAAUCAGCAGAAUCUUGAAUCAAUAUCACAUGAGCAAUUACAACACUUUAUAAGUAAUAAAUCAUCAAAGAAAAUUUACAAAGCAGUAGCUAAACAAUGGGGAAUAACAUGUAAGAUGUCUGACCAGUGUCGAUGUAUGGAUUGUCAAAGUAAUUAUUUUGACUGUGAAUAUGACCAGAAUGAACAUCAAAAAACUGAUGGCGGUUUGGGUGCUGGUACUCCAAUGUUCAUAAGCGAAGUAAUGCACGGUUCAGCUUGUACUAUUUUAUAAAUAAAAACAAUUAUUUGCCUUAACUAUUUGAGACCCUCUACAAAGUUAAGGUGUUGCCUAUUAACCAAAAAAAAAAAAAAUCAAAAAAAAAUUCAAAAGUAAAAGUAAAGCUUUAAAAAACAAAACAAAAAACGAAAAAAAAUAACUAAAAUAAUUCUGAAAAAUUUCAAAGGAAAUUUUUUUGUGAUGCAUUCAUUAAUUUUGUAAAAUAAGCGAAUCUUUGGAAGAAAAGUCUAUAAUUUUCUAUACACAUAAAAAAAAUUUUGAAUUCAAAAUACAAUUUAAAUGUAACAAAAUAUUUAUUGUAAAUUUUAAUAAAUUUACAUAGAAAAUAACCAGUUUAAUUAAAGUUAGUUGAAUUACGAAAUAUUAACUGAUAUUUUUUCACAUAUAGUAUUUGUUCAAAUUUAUGGACUACCAAGAAUAUUAUUAAAAGCUAUUUACAUAAUUACAUAAAUAGAAUAUAGAGUAUAAUUAAAUAGUAACUUAAAAUUAUAAAUUUAAUUGAAAACCUUAACUAUAAAGUAAUGGUUAAGGUUCAUUUUACAUGUAGCCAAAUUUUUGAAGCUGGAAGCACUGUGUAAGUUCAUUUAAUAUUGCAUAUGCAAAACUUUUACUACGAAAGCUUAGAAUUUUGUCAGGAAUAAUUAAUUUGAUUAAAAAUAAAUGUAUUUUCCAUAGUAUAAUAAAUGUUUUCAGUGUUACAAACUGAUUUAAAAUAUUUCGCUUUGAAAAAAAUAAUAUUUCAUAUUCCGUUUCAAAAAAUUUAACUAUUUAAACGAAGAAAAAUCAAUAUCUAAACGGUAUAGUUAGGGUCCCUUUUUUGUAUGCAUGAUACACAGACAAAAAAAAAUGGUGUAAUUAAAAAAAAAUUGGGGUAAAUUGUAGGAUUCAGAAAAACACUUUUAAUAUGAUGUUUCAUUUAUAUUUAAUUCAAUAAUUUAUCCCAGAUCACGAAAGCAAAGUGUUCAUUUAGAAAUAAUAUUUCAUUAACCAUCAUACAUAUCUGGAUAAAACGAAAUUAAAUUACUUCUAAUAUCGUAUAUCAAAAAUGAACUCAAAAUAACAAAUUCCGUAGGCACUAUGCUUAGCAGUUAUUUUCACGUGUUACCUAUUAUUUUAAAACAGAUUUUUAGAGUUUGUAAUACUAUAAAAAAAUAUUGCUUGGAUGGCCUAAAAUAGUGCUACAAAUAAUGACGUACAAUGAAUUUUUUUAAGUUACGAGAUUUUACUAAUUUUUUUAAACAUUUUACAUU